UUGCCAGUGUAAGUUCGUAAAUGGCGACGUCUUGAUCGCGGGCCACAGUGCUCGGUCCGGGAAAAAAUUUGUUAUAAAAUUGAAAAAAAAAUUGUUAUGACGUCUCGUCAAUGAAGCUUUAGUGAAAAACGGCCGGGAUGGGGACGCAAAAGCCGGGGGAGUGGGCGAAUGCGCUUAUUGCGCGAUUCGAAGAUCAGUUGCCAUGUCGAACUGGUCAUCAAACAACACACUCCCGGCUGAAUGAGGAGAAGAAUAAAAAAUGUUUGAUAAAAAUUUCACGAUAUCGUUUCUCCCUCGUGAUAUCUGGCCUUACAAAAAUGCUGCAACGCGUCAACGAAAUGGUACCAUCGACAGGAGGACAACGUUCUUUUAAUGCCGCUGACCAAGAACGAAAUUGUUAUGAAUCGAUUAUUAUAGUGUUAGAUACUCUAGAACGAUGUCUCGCUAAUCAACCUAAAGAUACAACAAAAUAUGAUGAGGCUAUGAAUGUUAAAAAAACACUUAAAGAAAUUUGUCAAUUUAUUGAUAUACCAAACGACAGUCCUCAAAAUGCUCAUUUAAAAAAUCUAGCAAGCAAAGUACUCUUUGCACUUAGCUUAAAUUUUUUUAACGCUGUCUUUAAUCGAAUAUCAGCACGACUACAGGAACUUUCCGUUAGUAAUGAAGAGAAUCCUGAUUAUAGUGACAUUGAACUUAUUCAACAUAUUAACGUUGAUGUUCAUAGGCUUGCAAAACUUUUAAAUGAAACAAUUCAAAAAUUCCGCCAAUUAAAAAAAUCAGCGCAUCUAGUCCUAAUGAAUUCAUUGGAGAAAGCCGUGUGGAAUUGGAUGGACACAUAUCCACAUGAAUUUGCCGAUUUACAAAAACGACCAAAUGAAGAAUUGGGAAAAGCCUGUGGCGAAUUGUUUGAUGUAUUGGAUUCAUUUGUUGAUAAUAAAAAAGGAAGAACAGCUGCCGUUUGGCCAUUACAAAUAAUGUUAUUGAUAUUGUCGCCUAAAGUAUUGGAGGAAAUUGUCAACGCCGACACUGGUGCACCAUGUUCGCCAAAGCAUUCGAAAAAAAAAUCAUUCAUUGAUGGCAUCAAAAAAGGAUUGGUAAUGCAUGGCGGUUCAAAUAAACAAAUUGUUGAAGCUGCCGCUGUUACUUGCGUGAAAUUAUGCAAGGCCUCAACCUAUAUUAGUAAUUUAGAUUCCAAUAAUGUGAUGUUUACACUUGUACAACAUGUGAUGAGUGAUUUAACAUCACUUUUAUUUAAUCCAAAUAAACCAUUUUCAAGAGGACAGAGCUGUAUGGCUCAGGAUAUUGAUUUAAUGAUAGACUGUUUUGUCAGUUGUUUUCGCAUUAAACCCCAUAACAACGAAGUACUUAAAGUCUGCUUAAAUUUGAAUUCACCCUCGACCUAUCAAUAUGUUCUAGUCAGUUCAUUAUACAGAAUCGUUACUCAACCAAGAUUACCAUGGUGGCCUCAAAUCGAUUUGGUUUACUCUCGCAGUGCCGAAUUGAGAAAUAUGUUCACUGAUGCUCUCAAUAAAGUUACACAAAAUUACAUAUCGCAUACACCGUUACGAAUGAUACAGAGUUUAACCCUCAAGGGCAAGGAACAAAGUAAAUAUAGAGAUAGAGGAGAAGAAGUUUCGAGUUAUAGAAAUCUUUUAUUUUGGAUGGUGCGAUUAAUACACGCCGAUCCAAUGUUAAUGUUAAAUAAUCAAGGCAAAGCCGGUCAUGAAAUACAGAGUUCUACAUUAGAACUAAUAAAUGGUUUAGUAUCAUUGGUUCAUCAACCAACGAUGCCGGACAUUGCUCAUGAAGCAAUGGAAGCGCUAUUAGUUUUACAUCAUCCUGAUAAAAUAAAAGCCUGGAAUCCAGAGGCUCCUAUUAAUACAUUUUGGGAUGUUAGUUCACAGGUUUUAUUUUCAAUUUCACAAAAAUUAACUCAACAUCAAAUUGUUAAUUACACGGAUAUUUUAAAAUGGCUGAGGGAAGUUUUAAUAUGUCGAAAUGCAUUUCUCUCGCAAAAUAAAGACUAUGCAAAUAUCGGCAGUCAAAUUGCUAUUUGCAAACAAGCGCACAUUAAACUUGAGGUGGUUUUAUUUAUGUAUCUGUGGAGUAUUGACAUGGAAGCUGUUUUAGUCGCAAUGUCAUGUUUUGCUCUUUUAUGCGAAGAGGCGGAAAUUCGCUGUGGAAGUGACGAAGUUGCUGUAACAUGUCUUUUGCCUAAUUAUCAUUUAUAUGUUGAACUGGCUCAAGCUUCCACUGUUUUAACAAUUGCCAGUGGGGAAAGUAGAAUGUAUUAUCAUGAACAUAAUCACGGUCGCUUAGCUUUGCAAAAAAGAAUAAUGGCUCUCUUGAGAAAAAUCGAACAUUGCGUCAAUGGUGUUCAACCGGCUUGGGAGGAAACUUUUCGCAAUUGGGAACAAACAUCACGACAAUUGUCCAAUUAUCCAAAGACAAAAGCAGAAGACGGUCAAGUUGAAUCGUUUCAUCGAAGCACGGGAAAACGAAGAGCUUCACAUCAAAAUUCCGAACACGAAUUAGAAGAACAAAUCAAUGAAUGGGCUAAUAUGACUGGUUUUUUGUGCGCUUUAGGCGGUGUUUGUCUUCAACGAAGAUCACCAAAUCGACCAUUAUCUGGAAUGCCAUCGAAUCCAGAACCAAAGAGAAGUUCAACUAAACUUCAAGAUUCAGUUUCAUCUUUAACAAAUUCAAGUCAAGAAGUACAAUAUUGUCCAGUGACACAAUUUGUAUUUAAUCUUCUACGAUUGUUAAUUUGUAAUAAUGAAAAAUUUGGUGCACAAAUACAAAAACACGUGAAAGAAUUAGUGGGACAUGAAAUGAAUCCUACAUUAUAUCCAAUUUUAUUUGAUCAAAUUAAAAGUAUUGUGGAGAAAUUUUUUGAUCAACAAGGUCAAGUUAUUGUCACCGAUGUGAAUACACAAUUUAUUGAGCAUACAAUAUUUAUUAUGAAAAAUGUAUUGGAUUCAAAAACUGAUCAGCCAUCGGAAUAUCUUGGAAUGACAAGUAUUGAGGGUAUGAUGUUGGCUAUUGUUAGAUAUGUACGACAUUUAGAUACAAAUGUUCAUAUUAAAACAAAACUUUGUCAACUAGUUGAAGUGAUGAUGAAGAGACGUGAUGAUUUAGCAUUUCGUCAGGAAAUGAAAUUUCGCAAUAAACUCGUUGAAUAUCUCACCGAUUGGAUAUUGGGUACAACACAUCAAAUUGCCCCUUCAGCGAGUGGCGAUGUUUCAAUUGCAAAUAGUUCGAGUUUUAGAGAUUUGGAUCAAGCUUGCAUGGAAGCUGUUGGAGCAUUAUUAAGAGGAUUACCCCUUCAACCGGAAGAAUCCGAUCGUGGUGAUUUAAUGGAAGCGAAAUCACAACUUUUUCUCAAGUAUUUUACAUUAUUCAUGAAUUUAUUGAAUAAUUGCAAUGAUGUUGCUGCUGAAGAAAAGGAAGAAGUUUCUAGACAAAGAAUAACAUCGGGAAAACUUUCGACACUUCGUAAUGCAACUAUUCAGGCGAUGAGUAAUCUUUUGAGUGCAAAUAUCGACAGCGGUCUCAUGCAUUCAAUUGUUUUGGGUUAUAAUCGAGAUUUACAAACACGAGCAGCAUUCAUGGAAGUGUUGACGAAAAUUCUUCAACAAGGAACGGAAUUUGAUACACUUGCGGAAACUGUAUUAGCCGAUAGAUUCGAACAAUUGGUACAAUUAGUGACAAUGAUAAGCGAUAAGGGAGAAUUGCCAAUAGCAAUGGCUUUGGCAAAUGUUGUGACAACUAAUCAAAUGGAUGAACUUGCUCGUGUUUUUGUUACUCUCUUUGAUGCAAAACAUUUACUUUCGCCUCUUCUUUGGAAUAUGUUUUAUCGUGAAGUGGAAGUAUCCGAUUGUAUGCAAACAUUAUUUCGUGGCAAUAGUCUUGGUAGUAAAAUUAUGGCCUUUUGUUUUAAAAUUUAUGGCGCUAGCUAUUUACAAAAUCUUUUGGAACCACUUAUAAGACCAUUGUUGAGCGAUCCAGUUACGGGUUUUGAAGUUGAUAGCGCGAGAAUUGAUGCUAAUGAAGAUAUCGAGCAAAAUGGAAGAAAUUUAAUUGCCUUGACACAAAAAGUUUUUGAUGCCAUUGUUUCAUCGGCUGAUCGAUUUCCUCCACAAUUGCGAUCAAUGUGUCAUUGUCUUUAUCAAGUUUUGAGUAAAAGAUUUCCACAAUGUCCUCAGAAUAAUAUUGGCGCUGUUGGUACAGUUAUAUUUUUACGUUUUAUUAAUCCAGCUAUUGUAUCACCACAAGAAAUGGGAAUUGUAAAUAAACCAAUGCCACCGCAAGUGAAACGUGGCCUUAUGUUGAUGUCGAAAAUUUUGCAAAAUAUUGCAAAUCAUGUUGAAUUCAGUAAAGAACAGCACAUGUUGCCUUUCAAUGAUUUUCUUCAAGCUCAUUUUGAAAUUGGAAGACGAUUUUUCAUACAAAUUGCAUCUGAUUGUGAAACAGUGGACCAAGCAAAUCAUCCAAUGUCAUUUGUUUCGGAUGCAAAUGUAUUGGCAUUACAUCGAUUACUUUGGAAUCAUCAAGAGAGAAUUGGUGAUUAUUUAAGCAGUAGUCGUGAUCAUAAGGCAAUGGGUCGAAGACCUUUUGAUAAAAUGGCAACAUUAUUGGCCUAUCUUGGUCCUCCUGAACAUAAACCAGUUGAUUCACACUUAUUAUUCUCGUCUUCCUACGCCCGAUGGUCGAGUAUUGAUAUGUCAUCAACAAAUUUUGAGGAAAUAAUGGUGAAGCACAAUAUGCAUGAAAAGGAAGAAUUUAAAAGUAUCAAGAGUUUGAAUAUUUUCUAUCAAGCAGGAACGAGUAAACAAGGAUAUCCUGUUUUUUACUAUAUCGCGAGGCGUUACAAAAUUGGUGAAACUAAUGGAGAUCUUUUGAUAUAUCAUGUGAUUUUGACAUUAAAACCAUUUUGUCAUUCACCAUUUGAAUUGGUUGUUGAUUUCACACACACUUGUUCUGAUAAUCGUUUUAGAACUGAAUUCUUACAAAAAUGGUUUUACGUUUUACCUGAGGUUGCUUAUGAAAAUAUUCACGCUGCUUAUAUUUAUAAUUGUAAUAGUUGGGUGAGGGAAUAUACAAAAUUUCACGAUAGAAUAUUGGCACCAUUAAAAGGAAAUCGAAAAGUUGUAUUUGUCGAUGGACCUGGAAGACUUAAUGAUUUAAUUGACAUGGAACAACAAAAAUUACCCGGUGCAACACUUUCACUUGAUGAAGAUCUUAAAGUUUUUACAAGUGCACUAAAAUUGUCUCAUAAAGACACCAAAGUCUCUAUAAAGGUGGGACCAACAGCAAUACAAAUAACAUCAGCUGAAAAAUGUAAAGUUCUAUCGCACUCAGUUUUAUUAAAUGAUGUCUAUUAUGCAUCGGAAAUUGAGGAAGUUUGUCUAGUUGAUGAUAAUCAAUUUACAUUGACAAUUUCCAAUGAAGCGGGUCCAUUGUCAUUUAUUCAUAACGAUUGCGAUAGUAUUGUACAGGCAAUAAUUCAUAUCAGAAAUCGUUGGGAACUAUCUCAACCCGAUUCAAUGUCAGUACAUCCAAAAAUUCGUCCCAAAGACGUACCGGGAACAUUAUUAAAUAUGGCUCUCUUAAAUUUGGGUAGUUCAGAUCCUAAUUUACGAACUGCUGCCUAUAAUCAAUUAUGUGCUUUAACAGCGACUUUUGAUCUUAAAAUUGAAGGACAAUUACUUGAAACAUCAGGACUUUGUAUUCCCUCAAAUAAUACAAUUUUCAUUAAACAUUUGAGUGAGACACUUGCCGCUAAUGAUCCACAUUUGACAUUGGAAUUUUUAGAAGAAUGCAUCGAGGGUUUUAAAGGAUCAACCAUUGAACUGAAACAUUUGUGUUUGGAAUACAUGACACCUUGGCUUAAUAAUCUCGUUCGAUUCUAUAAGCCAAAUGACGAGGGUGGAAAACGACAGAAGCAAGUAACGCAAAUAUUGGAGAAACUAAUAACAUUGACAAUUGAUGAAGUUGAAAUGUAUCCGAGUAUACAGGCAAAAAUUUGGAGUACAAUUGGAAGACUUCCGGAUUUAAUUGAUACAGUUUUGGAUAAUUUUAUUCAACGAAGUGUACGCUAUGGUUUGGGUUCGCCAAUGGUGGAAAUAAUGGCCGAUACAGCAGUUGCAUUAGCUUCCGGUAAUGUUCAACUUGUUGCAAAAAAAGUUAUUGGAAGACUUUGUCGUGUUGUUGAUAAAACAUGUACAUCACCAACUCCAUUAUUGGAACAACAUAUGAUGUGGGAUGAUAUUGCAAUAUUGGCACGAUAUUUAUUAAUGCUCUCAUUUAAUAAUUGUCUUGAUGUUGGAAAACAUUUACCAUAUCUCUUUCAUACUGUGACAUUUCUUGUUUGUUCCGGAAGUCUUAGUAUGCGAGCAUCAACACAUGGUUUAGUUAUAAAUAUUAUUCAUUCACUUUGUACUUGUAGUUCACCUUCUUUUUCCGAAGAUACUUAUCGUGUUCUUCGUAUGAGUUUAGAUGAAUUUUCAUUGCCAAAAUUCUAUUUGUUGUUUGGAAUCAGUAAAGUGAAAUCGGCCGCUGUGACUGCUUUCAGGUCGAGUUAUAGACAUUCGAAUGAGAAAUGGUUUGGCAAUGAGAGAACAAUGGGAGGAAUUCAAGAUCGUGAAAGACUUUCUUUGACGAGUUUAGAAGUGAUAACUGAUGCACUUUUGGAAAUAAUGGAAGCUUGUAUGAGGGAUAUUCCAAAAUGUGAUUGGCUAAAAACAUGGACAUCGUUGGCAAAGAGUUUUGCUUUUUGUUUUAAUCCUGCAUUACAGCCGAGAGCGUUGAUUGUUUUUGGAUGUAUUAGUAAAAGUAUCACCGAUCAGGAUAUUAAACAAUUGUUGAGAAUUUUAGUUAAAGCACUUGAGAGUUUUAAUGAUAUUAUACUUCUCGAAUCGAUUGUCAUGUGUCUCACAAGAUUACAACCGCUUCUAAGACCCGAAUCUCCAAUUCAUAGAUAUUUAUUUUGGGUAGCUACUUCAGUUUUACAGUUGGAUGAAGCUUCUCUUUAUGCCUCUGGUUUGGCUCUUUUGGAACAAAAUUUACAUACUUUGGACUCGCAAGGAACUUUCGAUGAUAAGACUUUGGAACGAGUUAUGAUGUCAACGCGAGAGCCUUUGGAAUGGCAUUUUAAACAAUUGGAUCAUGCUGUUGGAUUGUCAUUUAAGUCUAAUUUUCAUUUUGCAUUGGUUGGUCAUUUAUUGAAAGGAUAUAGACAUCCAACACCGACAACUGUCACGAGAACGGCGCGUGUUUUAACAAUGUUAUUGGCAAUUGUUGCAAAACCAUAUCGAAGAGAUAAAUUUGAAGUGACACCUGAAAGUGUUGCUUAUCUCGCAGCAUUAGUGUCUGUUUCGGAAGAAGUUCGAAGUAGAUGUCACAUAAGACAUGCUCUUGGUAGAAGUGCCAAUGAAUCGGGCAGUAAUGAUUUUCUCGAUACUUUAAUUACUAAUGGAACGGAAUUUUCAACGAGCGUUAAUAAUCCACCAAAUCGUAGACAAAAAUCAUGGGAUCUUUUGGAUCAAUCGGCAAUUACACAUGCGCGACAACUUAAGCAGCAUCCUACACAUCAGACUGGCAGGACUUUAUUUAAAACACAACGAUCUUUCUCUGUACCAUCUACAAAGGAAGUGAAAUCCAACGAUGAAUUAGAGCCAAAGAAUCGAAGUACAAGAGUCAGUGUGAGCAAUGAAAACAACGUUCUUUUGGAUCCUGAAGUACUCACUGAUUUUUCAACACAAACCCUUGUCUUAACUGUGUUGGCAACUUUGGUCAAAUAUUCCACUGAAGAAAGUGAAACAAGAAUAUUGUACGGUUAUCUUGCAGAAGCUUCUGUCGUUUUUCCAAAAGUCUUCCCAGUUAUUCAUAAUUUAUUGGAUGCUAAAAUAAAUAGUGUCCUGUCAUCAUGUCAUGAUCAAGCGAUUUUAAAUUCGGUUCAAGCUAUCAUUCAAAAUAUGAUUGCUUGUGAAGAUACGAGUCAACAACAAUUACAUUAUUUACAAAGCUGUGGUUUUGGAGGACUUUGGCGAUUCGCUGGACCUUACACUAAGUGUAAUCGAACCGCAGAGAGUGCCGAAUUAUUUGUUAAUUGUCUCGAGGCAAUGGUUGAAACAUGUUUGCCAGUUGAAGAAAUUGAAAAUGUAACGCAAGAUUCUUCAUCGGAACAAAAUAAACGAUCUUCCGAUCAAGAUAAAACAAAUCCUCCAAGUGAUCGCUCGAAAAAUCGAUAUUCAUCCGAUGAAAAUGAAGAUUUAAAAAAUUCUCAAAUUCGUAAGGAUUUAAGUGGUGAAAGACGAAUAAGCAAAUUGACAGAUAUUUCUGAUAAUUUAAAUAGAGGAGAAAGUUCAAGUAACAGUAGCGGAGGUUCGCAGCCAUAGCGAUUAAUUAAACACUCAACGAGGCAGUGUAUCAAAUUUAGAGAAGAAAAAAUUCAACAACUAGAGGAACAAACCAGGAAUUUUGACAUGAUGGUUCCAUGUUACUGCUGUUACAUGUCCAGUCAGAUUAAUUCAGUGCCGUCCACUUCUCACUAACAAGACACACGUUUUCAAGAAAAUAACUAAUCCUAAAUAAUUUUUUUAAAAUCACUAUUAACUUACUAAAAAAAAAUUUGCAACAUUUUUUUUAAUUACUUAAAUAAGUAAGAAAUUUAAAGAUAAUUUUUUUUUUACAAAAAGAAAUUCAUUUUCUUAGUUUGUCCCUUCAAGUUUUUGAAACUCGUGAUUAAAUACUCAAAAUAUAUGUUUACGUUAAGUUUUAACAUAAUCUUUUUUUAUAUAUAUAGAGUUAAAUUUUAUCGAAAUACUAUUUAUAUUUUUAGUCAAUGUAUAUGUAUUUAACUUUUUU